GGAGGAGAAGAGGGGGAGGGGGAGGGGGAGGGGAGGGGGAGGGGGAAAGGAAGGGGGAAACGUAUCAAGAUGCUGCUGCGGUCUCAUGCGAUGACGUCAACGAUGGCCAUGGGUGGAGGAAGGAUCGCCGCCAUAGCCAGCGGCAUAUCAASCAACAAAMARAGYAUGCGGAAGGAGGUGGUAGGAKCGGGGAUCGUGCCACGUGUCGGUGUAGGAUUAGAGAACGAAUACGACAAAGAUGGAGGAGGAUGGGAAASUAAAACGAAGACAGAUGGGUGGACGGCUAAGGGAGGAAGAGGAGGGGAUAUUGGGAAAGGGAGGGGGAGAGGGCUGGUGAUGACACGUGGCAUCGGCGAUCUAUCAAUGAAACRCAAUGGAAGUCCUYUAGGAUUUAGAUGUCGGAAGAAGAUAAGGAGUGGAGCCAUGGCUAUGGCGUCUGCGGAGGAGAAAGUAUGGUUCAGAGAAGCUGGAGGAGGAGGAGGAGGAGGAGGAGGAGGAGGAGGAGGGGGUCCUGUACUUAGUCAGAAAUGGUUGCAAUCGUCUUCCUCUUGGAGGGAAGCCAGUCGAUCACCGUUUGAUGGGGAAGAAGAUCGACUGGGACCAUCGGAUCCCGACGCUGCCGAUCAUCUGGAAAGGGGCACAACGACCGUCGAUGGGGAUCAAUUAACAUUAAUGGAGAGAGAUACAGAUGUGGGAGGAAAGGGGGGGGGAGGGGGAGGGGGAGGGGGAGAGGGAGGGCAAGGAGCAGGAGUGAGGAAAAAAAAAGGGGAUGGUAGAAGUUCUGUUCCUGCGAUCUGGCGCCGACGGGAGAGAACGGCCGCUCCUCCCUUCCCUCCCCCCUCUCAGCAAACGGCGGGAAAGCAAACGGCGACAAACGGCCGAUCGCUUGGAGAAGAAGAGAAGAGCACGAACAGGAGGUGGGAAGGCAAGCAUAGUAAUCGUACUACCGUGAUUGCGCACGUGGAUGCCUGUCAAGAGAAACGGAUAAGAUCGGAUUAUGACGACAUGGACGAUGAUCGUGGUGUUGGCCAUCGUCGACAUGAGGAUGAUAAAGAUCAUCUUGAUGAUUGUAAUCCUACUACUAAUACUGACGAUUAUCAUGAUGAUGAUGAUGAUGAUGAUGAUGGUGGGGGGCAGAGGAGGAGCAAGUUGAGGAUUACCAUCUCGGAGCAGAAUGCUGCUAAGCUGUCCGCUGACUCGGGCGGUGAAGACCGCCACGUGGUUCUUAUGCGCGAGAUUGCUGAUGGUAAUUGCGAUCCCGAUGACAGGUCUCGAACUACUGCCGUCUAUCGGCCGGGAGAAAUAGAUGAAAUAGAUGAAUCUGUUGCAGAAAGCUUGCCCGCUGAUGGUACUCUUAACCAGUGGGACAGCUUGCCCGCUGAUGAUACUCUUAACCAGUGGGACAUUUUUUUGGGUCCCAGAAACGGAGUGCCCGUCCCAGUUCUGCACAAGCGGGGAGAGCGGCGGAGACCCAGACACGACGGAGGUCUGGAUCGGGAUGCGGAUGGGGAUCAGGCUCGAGACGGAGGCGGGGGCCGGGGCCGGGGCCAGGCUCGUGGUCGAACGAGAGUGGAAAGUGCUGCCAGUCGGAAAAGGAACGAAGUUAAAAGCCUCACAGGGCGCAACGAUGCUGACGUGGAUGCUGACGUGGCGGCUCGAGAUUGCUGCGGCGAUGACACGUGGACACCCCUUGGGCUCGGACCUCAGGAACUCCGAUUGAAGUUGACUUUGACCACUGGACAGAGUUUCCGGUGGCGUGUCACAGGGCCACAGGAAUACACGGGAGUCAUCGGCAGGCACCUCGUGACCCUAAAACAGGGCCCUGAAGAUGUGUUAGUUCAGCUCCACAAUCCAAAAGACAAAUUACAUGCACGGCCUGCGAGAUCUGCUGCUGGACAGUUGCUGACUGUGAUGGCGACCGGUUCUGAGGCUCUGCCGAGUACGUGCAGGCCCAGAGAAGGAGGAGGUUCAGGCGCGGGUUCUCCCAUGACGAUUAGCAGGGAUAGCAACACACGUGGAAGCUUCAGGGGUAAAGGGAAGGACAUCAUGGACCAACAACAAGGAGACAUGUGUCAGCAGCAGUUGGAAGAGAAGAAGCUAGAAGAAAAUGAGAAUAUCUGCGUGUGGGAUGCACUUCACGAGUACCUGAACCUCGAAACCUCAUUGCAGUCAUUGUGGAAACAAUUCUCAGCUGCUGAUGCCAGAUUUGCGGCUUUGGCGCCAUUUCUUCAAGGGGCCAGAAUGCUCCGGCAGCUCCACUCUCCAAGCAAUCUACAUUUCCUGGACUCUAGAAGAAAGGAGAAGAAGAAGAAGAAGAAGAAGAAGAAGAAGAAGAAGAAGAAGAAGAUGGAUGCCGAGCAGAAGAAGAAGAAGAAGAAGAAGAAGAAGAAGAAGAAGAAGAAGAAGAAGAAGAAGAAGAAGGGGGAGGAGGAGAAGAAGAAGAAGAAGAAGAAGAAGAAGAAGAAGAAGAAGAAGAAGAAGCAGAAGAAGCAGCGACGGGAGGAGAAGAAGAAGGAGAAGAAGCAGGGACGGGAGGAGAAGAAGAAGAAGGAGAAGAAGGAGAAGAAGCAAGGGGAGGAGGAGAAGAGGAGGGGGGGACUGAAACUGGAAAGCCAGUAAUUGUUUAGGUGGAUGCACUCUGCACGCAGGAGGAAGAAGAAGAAGAAGAAGAAGAAGAAGAAGAAGAAGGAGGAGGAGGAGGAGGAGGAGGAGGAGGACGAGGAGGACGAGGAGGAGGAGGGUUGCACUUCUGUGUGACAUUUCUUCAAAGGUGUAUUCUCUGUGUGAGUAAAGACUUAUACAUCUA